CACAUUUCACCUGAGAGAGAGCGAGAGAGCUGGGUGGAGAGGUGCUCACAACGGGGCGUCAGUGUGGCACUAAUGCUCUUAUUCUGGGACUGCUUCCAACACCUCCAUCUUAAGGGCCGCUCUGGAGCUAAGCACAGGGGAAUUCGUGCUGCUUUUGGUUCAGUCAUUUAAUGGUAAUUAGUUUUGAGAGGAUACUGAUAUACAGUACUUGAGUAUAGAGGACAGGGGGAAGAGAAGAGAGGAGGGUGAAAAACGGAGAGAGGAGUGAAGGAGAAGGGAUAAACAGGCUGAAGUAAGGAGUGACAACGAAAAGGAUGGUGCAAGGAUCAUCUGAGCUCAUCGCCGUGUGCCUUGCCGUGGUCGGCCUCUUCGGGGCGGCCGCCGUCACUGGAAUGCCCAUGUGGAAGGUCACAGCCUUCAUCGAGGAGAACAUCAUCGUCAUGGAGACCCGCUGGGAGGGCCUGUGGAUGAACUGCUACCGGCAGGCCAACAUCCGCAUGCAGUGCAAGGUGUACGACUCCCUGCUGUUCCUCCCGCCAGACCUCCAGGCGGCCAGGGGCCUUAUGUGCGCCUCGGUGGCCCUGUCCGGCGUGGGUCUGCUGCUGGCCCUGGCAGGCCUGCAAUGCUUCUCCUGCUUGCGGGAGCAGCCACGGCUGAAGCGCACCCUGCUGAUGGUGGCGGGCGGCAUGCAGCUUCUGGCAUCCGUCUGCGUCUUCAUCCCCGUCUCCUGGACGGGCCACGUCAUCAUCCGCGAUUUUUACAACCCGCUGCUGAUCGACGCGCAGCGCCGUGAGCUCGGGGAGGCGCUCUACGUCGGCUGGGUGACUGGCGCUGUCCUGUUCGCCUCGGGCCUGGCGUUCCUGUGUCGCCGGCACGCCUUAACCGAGCAGGGCUCGUUAGACGUGUACCAUCCCGGUGCCAAGCCCACCCUCACCCGCUUCCACCCACUGUCCAGCACGGUCAGCUCGGUCGGACACCAGCCACUGCUGAUGGACCAGACCAGCUUACUCCACCCACAUCCAUCAGUCCACAGCAUGGCUAUCACACCUCAAGGAGGAUACCCUCAACCCACCCAGUACCACCCGCAGUUCAUUCCCUCUGGAGCACCUAUGUUGUAUAAUGGAAGCAUCAUGGCAUCGCACCCAUCCUCAUAUGCAUCUCAUGUAGUUGGGGGACAGGUGACCCCGAUAGAAUUUCUCUACCACAGCCAGCAAUCCACACCUUACACAGCGAGUCAUGGGAUGACGCCAUACGCUUCAUACAACUCCACGUCUAGCUACCACCCUGCCCCGCAAAACCCUGUGUUUAUUGGAUACAACUACUCCAGGGUGCAAGCCCCCAGCUCCACAACCAGCUCAGGGAUGCGAAUUUGAGGACAUGUGGAACAUUAUCUUACCUAUAUGACUGACUUGUUCAUGAAAUACAAAAGCAAGCUCACAGGUUCUUUACCCCGAGCUCCGAAGAACAGUUGGCAUGUCAAACAACCACAGGCAUCUAAUUGUCCUGAGUUUAAAGCAACCUGCAUGCAGUGAUGAUUAGAUGUGAGAUAGUACAGUAUUUCCCGCUAAUGAAGGUGGGUAUGCGAGACAGAACUCUUUGAACGCUUUAAUUGUACUGUGUGUGUGUCAGUGACAAGACUGUGGAGGCAUUCAAGACUGCACUGUUUAGCGUUCACACUACUAAAUUAUUACUGUCUGGGAUGCCACGGUCAGACCAAAUCUAGUGCCAGGAAUUACCACUCAGUAGUAACAGUCAAGUGUCCUCUUAUAUGUAUGUAAUUAAGUUUGUAUAGUUAUUUUAUAUCCACAUUUACAAAUGCCACCACUGACAAAAUAAUGGUAGAAGGGGUGUAAGAAACUACCAGCUUGAACAUUUUUAUAUCAGUCUAAAUCAGUGUAUUGUUGACCAUAUAAACAGACAUGCCCCCAUCAGAUAGGAUCAGUUUGUUUGCAUAAACAUUGUGAAACCCUAUUACUGUUAUGAAGACAGACCAACACUUUUAGUGAUGGCAAAGUGAACAAAAUCUUAAAGCAACUAUGAUAAACUAAAUGGCAAUAUGAAUGUACAUUGUAAUUACAUAAGUAUGUCAAUGCACUGCAAUGAUGUA